UUUGUUUGUUUGACUGGUUUCAUUAGAACAACAAUACUUGUAUGAAUGUACUUAUUGUGUGUUGGCAUACACAUAUAAAAUAGCCUUUUGUACUUCUUGUUUCAUAUAUGUUAGUUUUCUUCUUGUCCCUUCUCACAGAAGAAAGGUUUCAAAAAGGAAGAUAUAUAGGCUCUUAUUACCAACUUUGGACAUCAUGUUUGAUAAAAGUUGGUUACAGUUCAACAGAGCCUCAGAUGAGUAUAAGCAAGGCGCUAAGAGUUUUGUAGAGAUAAUAGAGAAAGAGGCUAAUUAUCCAAAAAAAUUAUUGUGUCCCUGCAAAGUGUGUCGAAACUUAAGUCACCAAGAUGUUAGCAUUCUUUAUGAGCAUUUGAUCAUAAAUGGGAUCGAUCCAACUUACAAAAUAUGGUUUCAUCAUGGGGAAGAAGUAUCUAGAAGUGAUGAUAUUGACGAAAUGAAUCAUUUUGAUGCUUAUAAUGUGUUUAGUGCUACAAAUCUUGAUGACUAUGAUUUUGACGAACGUGUAGAAGGCCCUGAUGACAAUUUCACCAAAAAAUUAGAAGAUGCAGAAAUUCCAUUAUAUCCACAGUGCACAAAAUACACCAAGUUAUCUGCAAUUGUUGCUUUGUAUAAGCUUAAGAAUUCUAAUGGAUUGUCGGACAAAUGUUUUGAUGAAAUGCUAGGGCUUUUCCAUGAUAUGCUACCUUUUGAUAAUGUGCUCCUCAAGUCUAUGUACUCAGUGAGAAAAUUUCUUCGAGCAUUCGAGUUAGGAUACGAAAGGAUUCAUGCAUGUGUAAAUGAUUGUUGUUUAUUUAGAAAAGAUAAAGAGACGUUGGAAAAUUGUCCAACAUGUGGAACUUCUCGUUGGAUGUCAGACAAGCUUACUGGCAAGGUUCGGAAAGGUGUCCCUGCAAAAGUUUUGAGGACCGAAGCAACCUGGAAAUGACAUUGAUGUAUAUUUAGAACCACUCAUAGAGGACUUGAAUGUAUUAUGGAAUGAGGGAGUUGAAGUUCAUGAUGCUUUUGAUAACACAACUUUCAUGUUGAGAGCAAUUUUGAUGUGGACCAUCCAAGAUUUUCCAGCUUAUGGGAAUCUUGCUGGAUGUAAAACUAAGGGGUAUUGUAGUUGUCCUUUAUGUGGUAAAGAUACACAUUCAGAGUGGUUAAAACAUAGCUCAAAGUUUUCAUUUCGAGGCCAUCGAAAAUUUCUUCAAACAAACCAUCAAUUUCGAACUAAAAAAAGUUGGUUUGAUGGAAAAGAAGAGCUUGGAAGUGCACCAAGGAUAAUGAAUGGGAGUAAAAUUUUAGAGCA